AUGUCGGCAGCACCCCCUCCGGAGGAUGUCCCCAUAGAGGUGCGGAAGAAAGACGCGAAUCGCUCCUUUCCAGAGGCCGCCUCCGUCGCCGUCGCCGCCCACACCAGCAGCGACCUCUACGCUCAGCUUGGUCUUUCGCGGGACGCCACCGACACUGAGGUUCGGCGAGCCUACCGGAACCUGCUGACCAGAGCGCAUCCUGACAAGGGAGGGGACCCUGAGCGCUUCCGAAGGAUACAGGCGGCGUACGACGUGCUUUCGGAGCCGACGAAGCGCAAGCUGUACGAUCAGACAGGACGGAUUCAAAAAACUGCCGACCAGGAGUUCGUCGAGCGGUUCGCUAACGGUGCCUUCAACGAUCCUGUCCUGGCUGCCGCCGCCGCAGCCGCCGGCGGCGGUGGUGGGGCUGGCGUUAGCAGUGGUAGCUUGGCGGAUCAGAUCAUUGUACGGCAUAACGCCGGAGAGGCGCAGAGCCACACUGCCGGCUUCGAGGCAUGGAUGCGUUCCCGUGGCGAUGGGGCCGGCAACGUAUUCACAGCGGAGACAGUGGCCGAGCAGUACGGCGUUGCACGGCAGUCGUACGAUCCCGUACUGCUGCCAAAGGCUGAUGUAUUGCAAGUGUUGUGCCGCGGCCCGGGGGAUCGAGUGGCUGACAGCUUGGUUUUGGAGGCGGUUCCGCUGGCUUCGGAGCUGGAAUGGGGCCAGGUGCUGGUCGCCGUCAAGUACGCCCCCAUCAGCGCCGCGGACACGUACACCGCCCGAUUGGGUGGCGUGUACGGCAGCGACACGGCACCUAAGCUGCCGUACGUGGCCGGACACGACGGCGUGGGGGUGGUACUGAAGGUUGGUCCCGGUGUCAAGUCUCUGUGUGAGGGUGACUUGGUGUUGCCGCUGCGCCCCUUCGCGGGCACCUGGACCUCAGCUGCUGUAUGGCCGGAGCGCCACCUGCUGCGACUGCCCAAGGACGGCUGGGGAUUGCCGCUGGAGUACCUGUCCAUGAGCCGUGAGCUGGUGGUGGCGUACCAACUGCUGGAGCAAGGUGGACUGAAGCCCGGCGAUGCCGUCAUUCUGAACGCCGCCAGCAGUACGGUUGGUCAGACGGUGUUGCAGCUAUCCAAGCUGCUGAGGCUGAGGGCAGUAGCGGUCGUACAUCGUGGCCGCAGCAGCACCCGCGGCCGUGUGGAGGGAGGAGGUAUCAGCUGCGCCGAAGGCAGCGGCGACAACAAUAUCGACGGCGUCGAUGAAGCCAAAUGGGAUCGUACGGCGGCCUGGCUUCGUGGCCUGGGCGCGGUGGAGGUGCUGGCAGACGAAGGCUCGUUGCGGGCGGAGCUGGACCGGCUGCGCUUCUUCUCCCGGCCCCGUCUGGCCCUGGACGCUGUGGGCGGCGAUUCCGCCCUGCGCCUGAUGGAUACACUUAACGAGGGCGGUGAGCUGGUGGUGUACGGCUGCAUGAGCGGCCGUUCGCCGGUCUUCCCUUGGCAGUCCUGGGUGUUCAAGGAUGUGCACGUGCGAGGCUUCAACCUGCGGCGCUGGAUAUCGGGCCGUCCAGCGCGCCUGGCGGAGGCCCUGGAGGCUUUAGGCAAGCUGGUGGCGGCGGGCAUGCUGGGCGUGGAGUUUACCGAGUACGACAUCACCGAGUGGCGAGAAGCGCUGGAGCAUGCGCAAGAGCGCGGCAAGCGGACCAAGGUCAUCCUUCGGAUGACCGACCCUUGGGUCACUGGCGGCGACCCCGUGCCACCCACCAUCACUACUUCUACGCCCACCGCGGUGCCGGUGCCGCUAGUGACCAGCAACAUGGAGACAGCAGUCAACGGAGAGGGGGGCAUGCUGCCUGGUUUUAGCGCCUCCGGGCCAGCCCCCGUUGACAACCCCGCUGCCGCAAGGGCCUCCCAGGCGCCCUCUGUGGCGAGGCCCAAGGGGCUGAAGACGGGCUCCUUUCCCGCUAGAAACACCCCGAGGCCGGUCGUCGUAUCCACAACUGCUGAGCUACGAGCGUACUGA